AUGGGCUUUGAGUCUGGGAGCACAUUCCCUGUGCCCAGGACCCGUGGCACCGUGGCCAUGUCCGUGCCGGGGAGCAGACGCGCGUCCACAGGAUCACGAAGGCGCCCCUCGCCCCCCGGGAGGGACACCUACGGCACCUCCUCGCUGAGCAGCAGCAGCAAUUCUGGCUCCUGCAAGGGCAGCGACAGCAGCCCCACCCCAAGGCGCUCGUCCAAGUACAACCUCUGCAGUGACAACCAUGGGAUAAAGCCACCGACGCCGGAGCAGUACCUGACUCCCCUGCAGCAGAAGGAGGUCUGCAUCCGGCACCUGAAGGCUCGCCUGAAGGACACACAGGAGCGGCUGCAGGACAGGGAUGCUGAGAUCGAGGACCUGAAGACGCAGCUGUCACGGAUGCAGGAGGACUGGAUCGAGGAGGAGUGCCACCGCGUGGAGGCCCAGCUGGCGCUGAAAGAGGCUCGCAAGGAGAUCAAGCAGCUGAAGCAGGUCAUCGACACAGUGAAGAACAACCUACUGGAGAAGGACAAAGGCCUCCAGAAGUAUUUUGUGGACAUCAACAUCCAGAACAAGAAGCUGGAGACGCUGCUGCACAGCAUGGAGGUGGCACAGAACGGGGCGCUGAAGGAGGAGGGCGCCGGCGAGUCGGCCGGGGGGUCCCCGGCCCGAUCCCUCACCCGCAGCUCCACCUACACCAAGCUGAGCGACCAGGGAGCCGGGGACCGCAACGUGGGGGGCUCGCAGACCAUCUCGCUGGACGAGGGGGCUGACAGCGGAUUCGUGGGGAUGGAGGAUGCUCCGGGCCACACGGACCCGCUGGAGGUGGGGGGUGAGCCCGGCACCCGGCUGCCCCCCAGCAACACCUACGAGAAGGUGCUGGGACUGCGGAGCAGCGCGGAGGCAGGGGUGCAGGCCAGCUGCAUGCAGGAGCGGGCCAUCCAGACGGACUUCGUGCCCUGCCAGCCCGACCUGGACACCAUCCUAGAGAAGGUGAUGAAGUCGCAGGCUUGCAGCUUGGGCAGCCCCACCUCCGCCUGGGUCUCUGAAAUGGAAGACACGAUGCCCGUCCCCGAGCUCGCCAACCCCACCGGGACCACGGACCUGAUGGUGGCCGAGCCCGACGCCGCGACGGGGGCUGCCGGUGCCGAGGGGGGCGUCCCCUGCAACCCAGCGGUGCGGCAGCCCCCCAGCGCCAGCCCCUCGGUGGCCAUCGCCUGCGUGGCGGAGGAGGAGCAGACGGAGGCGACCGGCUGCGAGAACAACCCUUCCAAGAGCUACUGGAGCCGCCACUUCAUCGUGGAUCUGCUGGCGGUGGUGGUGCCGGCGGUGCCCACGGUGGCCUGGCUGUGCCGCUCGCAGCGGCGGCAGGGCCAGCCCAUCUACAACAUCAGCUCGCUGCUGCGGGGCUGCUGCACCGUCGCCCUGCACUCCAUCCGCAGGAUGGGCUGUCGCCCCGUCGCCAGCCCCGGCCCCGGAGGCGCUGCCCAGCCCUGACCCCUCCGACGGCCUCCACCCGCCCCCAGGGACCCGACUGCUGAUUGUAAAGCCCCGGCUUGGCAAUGGCGGGUGGGAAGGGGCCGAGAGAUCUGUGGGUGCAUCGAGGUGUGCUGCCCGCCCCCCAGCUCCUUUGUCCUGCAGGAGGGAAAGAACCCUUGUUGGAAGAGGGGUGUUGGCACCCAGCGUCUCCCCCCGCCGAUGGACUCCCCUGCUGUGCCUCUGGCUGCGGGGGGCUGUGGGGCUGCCCCCGCCGGGGGUCUCUCCCUCCAUCGCACUUGCUGUUUGUUUGUCGCCGGGUUAUCCCCGGGGCCAGCCCUGCCGCGGGCGGGUCAUGGAUGGCGAGGAGCCGCUGGCAGCGUGGAGCGCUGGGGAUGCAGCGGUUCCUUGCUCCGGGUGCAAUGUCUGUCUGGGGGCAGGGGGAUGGGGGGUUCCUGUCCAAACACAGCUCCGGAGCCGUUCGGGCCAGCCCCCCAUUCCCGAGGAGAUGCCUCCCCACACUGGGAUGGAACUGGCCUGCAGCUCAUGCACGGAACCCCCGUGGAAGCCGUGGGCUCUCCCUCCUUUUGCUUUGCACUAUAUUCACUUUUUUUUGGGUACAGACUGAAGCCCGGGUGUUGGGACUCUGGCUGCCGGGGAGCGGGCCCGCGGGCUCUUGCAGUCUUGUCAGCCGUGAUGCCGGUGAUCCCACCAUGUGCUGGAGCUCGGAUGCCUUUGCUGGGGUGCGGGCAGUGCCGUGCAGGCAGAGCCAAGCCCUUUGCCGCCCCGGCCCACCCAAACCUUUGCUUUGCUGGUGGCCUCCGGAAAAAUGCCUUUUUUUUGUUGUUGAAACACAAAGACAGCAAGGAUUGCUCAGCGGGGCUAUUGGGGCGCGGGACUUGGGGCUCCCCCUGGUGCGCCGCACUCCCACCCCACGAAUGUCUGUGGUUUCUUCGUGACUUGAACUAACAGUGUUUCCCCCCAACCCCAGCCCAAGCCCACUCCCCCACACAUGGGUGCCACUGGCUAGGUGCCCUGGCAGCCGGUGAUGCUCCACACGCCGGUGUCCAGCGGUCCCCAGAGGGGCACAUGCCACGUCCUGUGUGCCCCGCACUUCCCUGCAUCCCCCUUCUGCUGGCUCUGCCCGUGCUGGGGGGCAGUGGGGACAGCAGCUCUGCCACCAGCACAGCACCGGGUGUCAGGAAAAGGUUUGGGGAGCAGCAGUGUCCAGGCAGCUGGGGCAGAUCUAAGUGGAGCUGGGAUAUUCGCCUCUCGUGCAAUGUAUUUGUGGAUCUGUGUACGUCUGUUAGACUAUCCAAAGCUUUGCCAAGAAAUAAAUGUAACGACUAUAUUUGAAAG